AUGGCUAGAGCUGCUUUCGACCCAUUCGAAGCACUGGGCUUGCCUCGCGAUGCCUCAUCCCAAACGAUCAAGUCGAGAUACCAUGCCCUCGCCAGGAAGUACCAUCCGAAUCGACAUCAGGGCAGCGAUGAAGCCAAGGCGACUCUCGCAGAGCACUUCCACAAUGUACAUCAAGCCUGGAAGUUGCUUAGCAACGUCGAGAACAGAAGGCGACGAACUGAAUUGCUCAACCUGCUGGAGCUGCAAGAUGCCAUGCUUACAACGUUCAUGGAUCUGUUGAAUGCACAAAGUCCGGAUGAGCCUCACCCUGAUCAGCCCCAGCCAGUCGAACACUCCGAACACGAUGGAAACAUCUCGAGCGAUGCGGACGAAGACCUGCCGAAUGUAGGACUUCAGAGGCGGCAGACCUUCCGCAAUCAUGGCGUCAAGCAUCUGGGAGACAGAAGAGGCAGUGUCGAUGACAACUCACCCACGAGUCCUACCAAGAAGAGCUUGAAGUGGUCGAUAUCGAAGGCGAUCAAUGCCCGGGCGUCCGCGAAGCAGGAUCAACAGAAAGAGUCAGACUACUUCUCUCAGCGCAGGAAGAAGCUCGAGAAACUGCGUCGCAAAGAGCUGGAGGCAUUCUUCCACUAUCGCGAUGCUAUGGUUGCAAAGUUUGAGGCAGAAGAAGAGGUGGAGAGACAUCAUGCGCAGUACGAGCAGGCGAAGUGGAAACGAGAGUACUUUGAAAGAGCACCACGCGGUACAACAGAACGCUUUCGAUCGUUUCAGCACUUCAUGGGUGCAGUGUCAGCAUUUGGGGAUCAUACACCAAGACGUCGGAAUCACUCUACCUUGAGCUAUUCGACAAUGUCGCCAAUCGUUGGGCCGGGAGAAGGUCCACAGUUCCUCGGUCCUGAUCAUGCUUUGGCUCGAUCGAAGACCAUGCACCACAAGAGAGGCUGGAGCAGCGAUAUCAGUGGUGAUCAGACGGAUAGCAGUGAUGACGAACCCAGCGAGAUUAACGGCACGAAGCAUAUCUCACCCCCCAUACAGUGGCAUCAGCUCGCGAAACGAAGCCAAAAUACCAACAGAGACUACCCUCGACGAUCGCAUCACAGAACGAGCAGUGGGCUCUCGGAAGGAGACUCGCCGGGCCCUGAGUUCAAAGUUGUGGUCAGGCAGCCAUCAGAUCUAGGCAGGAUAGAAGAAGCGAACGAUUCGAGCAACGAGACAUUAUCCAAUUCAUCGAGGUCGCCUUCACCACAUCCGGAUGCCAUGAACAGUCUGCAGCUGUACAAGUUCCGCAUGUUACCUUCAUCGGGCACAGCAGAUCUCUUUGGUAUGCCAUCCGAAGGCCGUGCCAGAUCGCCGAGUCCUGUGGGAAGGCGUCGCUUUCCAUCGAUGCCAGAGGUACCCAAAGCGCCGCGAGUCUCGCCUUCAGAUGGUCUCAAGUUUGAGACGAAGCUUGUUGGACCUCCUCAGUACCAGCAUGUCCACUAUGACCAUGUUCAUCAGCUUUCUCGCGAGGAGAAGUCGCGCAUCCUCGGUGCAGAGCCAGAUACCGAACUAGACCCGGCUGUGCUGCUCGAAAGGCUUUCUGGACUGAGCACAACCGUGGCUGAUAAGUUCGAAAUCAAACCGAACAUGGAGGAGCUCUUCAGAUUCAGACUCAUAUACGGGACUCGCGAAGUUACACGCAAGCAACACCAGUCUUUUAUCGCACUUAGCUACCGUCGCAAGAUUCACGUCGAGAAGGAAAAGUAUCACUACACGCUACCUCUGGAUCCCGAGAUAUACCAAGCAGUGUGGGACGAGCGCGAGUCAGACAAUGAGGGUGUUUGGAUCGACCAGAUCUGUAUCGACCAGGACAGCGACUUCGAACGUACCAUCUCUAUGUCGGCCAUGGACAUGGUGUACAGGAGCGCACGCAUUGUUGUGGUCGCGCUGGAUGAUAUUGAGCUCGAGGCUCACGAAGGCGAACUCCUGCAAAGCCACAUGGACGAGUACGAAAGCAUGAAACAUGUCGCAGCAAGGCACCGAUUCCGUCGGAAGCACCCACCGUACCUCGAGAGCCACGAUCACAUGUACAAGGUGAUUCGCAAGAUUCUGCGAUCGUCAUGGUUUAAGCGAGCCUGGUGCAGACACGAGAUGCGACUUGCUAAGCAUCAUGUCUUCCUGAUACCAUGCAAGCGACCAGGCACAUGGUCUGGUCGAGCUGUCCUGCGAUUCAACGGCAAGUGCAUCGCACAUCUGCUUGACCUUUCGAUCGAGGUACCCUUCGAGCCUGACGUUGAGUCUGUCAAACCUGCUCUGCAUGCGUUCUUCCGAGAUAGAGCCAAGAUGGCGACUGGAGAACGAGAGAUGCGUCUGCACCACGGCAACUUCUCCACCGUGGUUGCAGAGGUCUUCGCCAUGGAAGCUGGAGGUGAUCCUCGCAUACCUGCUGAGCGGAGACUUUCGGAUGCCAGGAAAGACAAGAUCUCAAUCAUUCUGAAUACAAUGGAAUGCGGUCUGACACUUCGUGAUGCUCUCAGAAACCCGAGCAUACACGUUACUGAUAACGAGUGCUACCACUUGCUUUCGCUGUUGGCACUGGCUGCACAGGAUCCUGGAGCGCUUUGCUGUGUCGGCGCACCGCUGCCCAUUACAGACUCCACAAGCAGCUGGCUGUACACUCCCACGGUUGCCGACGCAGGCCUCAACAACUUCAAAACACUGGAUCGAUUGCCUGAGAACGCUCACUAUGUGACGAGCACAUCCGGUCCUGAGCAUUACAUUCAGCUUGACCUCAAGUUCCUCCCGCGAGACAAAGCAUGGACGCCAUCUCAAGACCUCGACACUCUAGAGCUAGCCCGCUAUUUCAUCGCCACCUGCGACGAACGCAAAUGGGGUAGGAACCGAAAACGCUACCUGACCCACGACCGCAAAGCAAAUCUCCUCUUCGGCUCAAUGCACGAAGUCUACGUCGAAACUCUCGCCUGCAUCUUCCACUGCGGUCCCAACUGGAUGAGCGAUGUGUGUCAACGUUACAGCAUGUCCCGCUGGAAAGUCGAUCUCAAAGGCGCCUACGAACUCCUCAUAGCUCUCGCCAACACACACGGCCGCUGGCCCGUCGACGCCUGGUCCGAACGAGCAGCCGGCUUCAUCAUGGACUUUGUCAACUUCCUGACCAUCCGCGGCCUGCCCCAACGCCAAAUCUCCAAACCCGAACCCUGGCGUCCCUUCGUCGUAGCAAGCACCGGCCAAGUCCUCGGCUACGCUCCCAUCGCGGACGAACACAUCCAACUCGCCAUCCCCACAGUCCUCAUAAACCCCGACUACGUCCACCUCGCACGCCUCUGGAUCCUCGCACCUCGCACCACCCCUUCCCUCACCAACGGCACCACUUCCUCCUCCGCUACCUCCAUCCCCAUCCCAACCAUAACCCUCAACGACGAAAACAUCUCAGACUGGACCCUCUCGGGCAAAUCCGUCCUCUUCAGCGACGAGGCCUGGAUUGGGAAAAUGUCCACCGCGCAAUACCGCGGCGACUUCCAAGAACAGCAGAAAGUAUAUGGGAGGCAGUUGCAGAGACAACAUGCCUCGAAUGGAGUAAUUCGUGAUCGGAAAUUGUUGCGAGCUUGA